CGCUCUCUCUCUCUCUCUCUCUCGUUCCAUCUAAACAAUGAAGCGGCAAUUUCUCUCAAGAAAAGCCACGUGCAAUUCACACGGGCAAGAUUCAUCAUACUUUUUAGGAUGGCAGGAGUAUGAGAAGAACCCAUACGACCACGUCAUGAAUCCGAGAGGAAUCAUACAACUGGGUCUUGCAGAGAAUCAGCUUUCCUUCGAUCUCAUCGAAUCGUGGCUCACAGAUAAUCCUGAUUCAACCACGUUCAAAUGCGGAAGCACGUCCGUAUUCAAAGAGCUUGCACUAUUCCAAGAUUAUCGUGGAAUGCCAGCAUUCAAGAACUCAUUGGUGGAAUUCAUGUCAGAAAUAAGAGCUAACAAAGUAACAUUUGAUCCCAACAAGCUAGUCCUCACCGCCGGUGCAACUUCGGCUAAUGAAACUCUGAUGUUUUGCCUUGCCGAACCCGGCGAAGCAUUCCUUCUUCCAACUCCAUACUAUCCAGGAUUUGAUCGGGAUCUCAAGUGGCGGACUGGAGUUAAAAUCGUUCCAAUCCAUUGCUCAAGCUCUAAUGGCUUUCAGAUAACUGAAAAGGCAUUGGAAGAAGCAUACCAACGAGCCCAAAAGAGUAAGAUGACAGUUAAAGGGGUCUUGAUCACCAAUCCCUCAAACCCGUUAGGCACGACGGCUAGCCGAACUGAGCUCGACUUGCUUCUUCGAUUUGUUGCAGCAAAAGGAAUACAUCUAGUUAGCGACGAGAUCUAUGCAGGCACUGUCUUUGACACACCAGGCUUUGUUAGCAUUGCUGAAGCUCUAAAGGAGAUGGAAGAUUAUGAAAAUCUUCAAAACCAAGUUCACAUUGUCUGUAGUCUAUCGAAGGAUCUGGGUCUCCCUGGAUUUCGAGUCGGUGCAAUUUACUCAUACAAUGAUGUAGUUGUGGCUGCCGCAACAAAAAUGUCAAGCUUUGGACUAGUUUCUUCUCAGACUCAGUAUCUUCUAUCCAAAAUGCUCUCCGACAAGAACUUCACAAGAAACUACAUUGCAGAGAACUGCAAGAGGCUUAAAGAAAGACACGAAAUGCUCGUAUCAGGAAUGCAAAAUGCCGGAAUUGGAUGCUUGAAGAGCAAUGCCAGUUUGUUUUGUUGGGUAGACAUGAGACACCUUUUAAGCACUAAAACAUUCGAAGGAGAGAUGGAAUUGUGGAAGAAGAUACUGUAUGAGGUUGGCUUAAACAUCUCUCCAGGCUCCUCUUGCCAUUGCACCGAGCCUGGUUGGUUUCGUGUGUGUUUUGCAAACAUAUCACAAGAGACACUUGAAACUGCAAUGCAACGCCUCAGCGCCUUCGUUGAUUCAAUCCAACGUGGCCAAAGCGGGCGCAGAUCAAUUGGAAAUUUGAAGAACCUGUCACUACCCAAAUGGGUUUUCCGAUUAUCGGCUGGUGAACAUGAUCCGGAUCGUUAAUCUGGAGUGAAGACGUGAAUUUCUCUCAUUGAUAUUUACCCCUUUCUUAGAUUUAUGUUUUUAACUGGUUUUUGCUUACGUAGUGUAGAAAGAGCAUUUUACCCAUGUAGGUUUGAAGCUUUUUCUGCAUGAGUGAGUUUUGUGUGUCGAGUCAAUUGGAAUUGUAGUUCUCAAGAGUAAUGAAUAGUCAAACACGAUCGAGUAUUCUUGCUUAAAACAAUGCAGCAGUUG